CUCCACCUCUUCCUCCCCGCCGCUGCAGCUUCCUCCGCCCUCGCUAUUAGCGAACGCUCUAGCCUCCCUUAGGGUUUACCCUACCUCCCCCCACCCCGCCCCUCCCCCGCUCGUCAGCUCAUGUCGGAUCCCGUGGUCGAGAAGGAGGCUGGCUCUACCGAGCCGGCUCAGGCCAACGCACCCGAGCCUGAAAAGAAGAAGAGAGAGUACAAGGAUUUUGGUCAUGAUGAGGAGGACAAGCCGUCCCACGCCAAGGUGGACAUGUCUCAAAUCCAACUCAAGGCUGAGGACCUCUACGACAAGGAGAAGGUCGACCUUGAGACCAUCGUUGUCGACGAUGUCUUCAAGCUGCUCCAGUGCGACGACAACGGUCUGACUGAUGAGGAGGCCACCCGCCGUCUUGAGCUUUUCGGUCCCAACAAGCUUGAGAGCGAGGAGCAGAACGCGUUCCUCCAGUUCCUGAGUUUCAUGUGGAACCCUCUGUCCUGGGUCAUGGAGGCCGCUGCCCUAGUCGCUAUCGCACUCUCGAACGGCGAGCACCGCCCCCCGGACUGGGAGGACUUCGUCGGUAUCGUCACCCUCCUGAUCAUUAACUCGGCCAUUGGUUUCUACGAGGAGCGGAACGCUGGUAACGCUGUCAAGGCGCUCAUGGACUCGCUCGCCCCCAAGGCGAAGGUCAAGCGCGCUGGUCAAUGGCGCGAGAUCGAGUCUUCCAUCCUCGUUCCCGGUGACAUGAUCUCGUUCAAGAUUGGUGACAUCGUCCCCGCCGACUGCCGUCUCACUGAGUCUAUCAACGUGUCCAUCGACCAGGCCGCGCUUACCGGCGAGUCUUUGCCCCAGGGCAAGAAGCUCGGCGACCAGUGCUUCUCUGGCUCGACGUGCAAGCAGGGUGAGGCUGAGGGUGUUGUCAUCUCCACGGGCCCGAACACGUUCUUCGGUCGUGCGGCGAACCUCGUCGGUCAGGACGACGACACCACCGGUCACUUGCAGAAGAUUCUCGCCCAGAUUGGGUCCUUCUGCCUGGUCGUCAUCGGUAUCUUCGUCCUCGCCGAGAUCUUCUGCUUGUACGCUGGUUUCCGCUACUCGUACCGUCGCGGUCUCGACAACAUCUUGGUGCUCUUGAUCGGUGGUAUCCCCAUCGCUAUGCCCACCGUCUUGUCCGUCACCCUCGCCGUCGGUGCUCAGCAGCUCGCCAAGUACAAGGCUAUCGUCACCCGUAUCACUGCCAUCGAGGAGCUUGCCGCCGUCACCAUCUUGUGCUCUGACAAGACCGGUACGCUUACCACCAACAAGCUCACGAUCGAUCGCUCGACCAUCCGUACCUACGGCCCCUUCUCGGGUGAGGAUGUCGUCCUCCUCGCUGCCUACGCUUCCCGCACGGAGAACCAGGACGCCAUCGACCAGUGUGUCGUUGGUGCCAUUGGCGACACUUCGCGCGCACGUGCUGGCAUCAAGCUCCUGGACUUCAAGCCGUUCAACCCCGUCGACAAGCGUACUGAGAUCACCUACCUCGAGGAGUCUUCGGGCAAGCUGAAGCGUGUCACCAAGGGCAUGACCGGUAUCAUCAUCGAACUCUGCACGCGCAACAAGACCGAGGAGCUCGAGAACCGUCUCGAGGCCGACGUCGAGGAGUUCGCUCAGCGUGGUCUCCGUGCUCUCGCGGUUGCCUACGAGGAGGUUGACGGUACCGACCACGAGGGUGAGGGCAACGGCUUCGAGCUCAUCGGUCUCCUUGCCAUCUUCGAUCCCCCUCGUGAAGACACCAAGCAGACGAUCGACGACGCCAUGGCUCUCGGUGUCAAGGUCAAGAUGGUCACUGGUGACCAGCUCGCUAUCGCGAAGGAGACUGGCCGUCGUCUCGGCCUUGGUGACCACAUGUACCCCGCUAAGGUCUUGAAGGACGGCCCCGAGCCCGGCAGCCGCUUCCGCAACCUCGACGAGAUGAUCCUCGACGCCGACGGUUUCGCUGGUGUCUUCCCCGAGCACAAGUACGAGAUCGUCAAGCGUCUCCAGGCCCUCGGUCACCUGUGCGCCAUGACUGGUGACGGUGCCAACGACGCCCCGGCUCUGUCCCGUGCCAACGUCGGUAUCGCCGUCGAGGGUGCCACUGACGCCGCUCGCUCUGCUGCCGACAUCGUCCUCACUGAGCCCGGUCUCUCCACCAUCGUCCACGCCAUCCGUGGUUCGCGUAUCAUCUUCCAGCGCAUGCGCAACUACGCCAUCUACGCUUGCGCCGUCACGAUCCGUAUCGUCGUCUGCUUCUCCAUCCUGGCCUUUGCGUUCAAGUUCGACUUCCCGCCGUUCAUGGUGCUGAUCAUUGCGCUCCUGAACGACGGUACCAUCAUGACCCUCUCCGUCGACCGCGUCCUGCCCUCGAACGAGCCUGAUAGUUGGGACUUGGCUGAGAUCUUCGCCUACGCUGUCGCGUACGGUCUGUACCUCACUCUGUCGACCAUCGCCCUCGUCGCCAUCAUCAUCCGCACGACCUGGUUCCACGACAAGUUCGGCGUCACCCUCCACAACGGCGCGACCCAGGCUCUGGACCACAACGACCCUCAGCUUCACAUGAUCGUCUACCUCCAGGUUGCCAUCAUCUCGCAGGCCCUGAUCUUCGUCACGCGUUCGCACGGCUUCUUCUUCAUGGAGCGUCCGUCGGUUGCGCUGUUCGCGGCGUUCUGCCUGGCCCAGCUUGUGUCUUCGAUCAUCGCCGCGUACGGUAACUGGGGCUUCACCAACAUCCAGGCUAUCUCUGGUGGCUGGAUUGGUAUUGUCUGGGUUUGGGACAUCGUUUGGUUCUUCCCUCUCGACCUCAUCAAGUUCGCGAUGAAGGCCACGAUCAUUAAGUCCCUCCGGAACCGUCACAACGCCGCCGUUGCCGCGCAGACCGCGCACAGUGGUGUCCCGAUCACGCGUACGACGUCGCGCGCGGCCUCGAUCCACGAGUCGCUCUACUCGAACCGUGUCUCCUUCCUCCGUCGUGCCGCCCGCAAGGUCGGCUUCGGCCAAAAGAUCCUCAUGAAGCCCGAGGAGCUUCAGCGCUUCAGCUCUAUCCAGGCUGCGCGCACUGGCAGCGUGCUUGCGCGCCACCCCUCUAGACCGACCGCUCCCGCGUAGACGGACGUCUACGACAUGACCCGGACGACGACGACCCUCCCCUCCCCAUAGUCCGCAUCGUGUAGCGAACGAAGGCAGCAGCAGCAGCUUGUGGUGUCACUUCCGCGUAUCCCCAUCUACAUCCAUACCCCACCGCUUGACCCACACCCCCGCGUAUCCCUAGUGUCCUAGUGAGCCCCUGCCCUCGUUUUGUUCACCGCGCGUCGGCGCGCGUCCGUAGAGUGUUGUGCACGUUCCUUUUCCUACAUCUUAUGACCCUGUACCUCGCCCCGCAUCUACGUUUGUCUCUCACGACGUGUCUCGCGGUAUCCGUAGUCCCUUAAUUCCAUACACUCACGCGUAGGACAGCAGACGACAUUUGCUAUACAUUUACUACCGUAACGAAGGAAAAGUAAUAAAAGCAGUCAU